AGAAUGACAAAGCAAUUAUAUUUAUUUUUAUUUACUUUAUAUUUUAUGUGGCAAGUUAUAUAUUCCAUCCAAGAAUCAAGUCCUUGUCAAAUUCCAUUAAUUAUUAGAGGAUCUUGGUUUUCAUGGGAAAAUGGAAGAAACACAUUAACAGAAAUAAAUGCAGAAACAAUGACUAAUCGUGGCAAAUGUGUUAAUAUGUUGGAAGAAUAUCAUGUUAAUUAUACAUUUAUAUUUCAAAAUGAAGCAUGUUAUCAUUGUGUUAAAUUAAUUGUAAGAACAGUAAAUGUAUUGGAAAAACUUGAAGCAUAUUGUGUGAAUUUGCCCAAUGAUAUUGAACCAACAGUGGAAAAUGUAUGUAGAGGAUUACGUCCUGAUCAACAAUUAAUAACAUUAUUUUCAGAAAAUUAUGUUCCUGUAAAUUGUAGAUCAUCUCUUGAAGGUGUUUGGCAAUUUGCAUAUCAGAAUCGAUUCAGAUUUACAGGAGAAUGUAAUCAUCCAGAUGCACAAAUUAAAUCAUGUCAAACUGCAGGAACACAAUUCCUAAUAACUAAUCAGAAAUUUAAUAUAACAUAUAAACAAUGUCUUGGCAUGAAAAAUACUUUUGAUGGAGUUGUAGAAUAUAGUUGUUUAGGGGAUUGGUUUGUUGAUAAAAAUCAUUUUUUUGCCGUUGCAAAUACAAAAGAAUCUAGAAAAGAUGAAAAAUAUCGAUGUUUUCUAAAAAAUCGUGAUGACGACUUGUUUAUUGGAGUAUCUAUUACUGCAGAAUGUAAUACAUUAAAAACAGUUGAAAAAAGUCCAGAACGUUUAAGAGUAACACCUGUUAAAGCAGAAGUGGUAGAGCCUGGAUGUAGAUUACCAGAAGAUAUGAGUGGACAAUGGAUAAAUACUGCUAAUAUUGAUGCAGAUAUAUUUAUUAAUGAAACACAUAUAAUUGAAACUUGGUAUCCUGAUGAAGGUCGUUACAGACGCACAAUUUAUGUUUGUCGCGAAUCAAGAGAUACCAGAGUGAUGAUGGCUAGAUUAACCGUUGAUGGAUGUCAAAAAGAUUACGUUUGCUUUGAUUUUGUACCCCGGCAUCAUAAUAUUAUUAGAUAUCGACGUGGCAUAGCAGUUAUCAAAGAUGAUUUUCAUACAGUUUGUUCUUGGGUUCAAUUUCCAAACAAAGAAGCUUGGAAGUAUGAUUUAUUUUUAGCUAAAAAUCCCGUACCUGUACGUUGUCCGGUAGCUGGCAAAUAUAUGUUUACUCAAAAAGGAGAUGUUUUAUUUGAGACCAGAAUUUUAGGGGGCGUUACAUUAUCUCCACGUCCAAACAUAUAUUGCAAACAAAAUAUUUCAGAUUUUUCUGUAUGUGAUACCGACCAAAAGGAAAUUGCUAUUGAUGAAACCUAUUGUUUAUCAGUAGAUCAUUUAGGAAGACCUGUGGAUAUUUAUAGUUUACCGGAUUAUAAAAUGAAAUGUAUUGGAUUUUGGAAAGAAAAUUUAAAAUCAUACUUAAUAACCUAUGAUGAAUUAGAUCCUUUUAGUAAAUAUCGUUGUUGGGUGUAUCAAAGAGCUGAUUUAAAUAAAGUUCUUAUGUCUCAAGCUAUUGGACCGUUUUGCGAUCUUAAACAGGAUGUUACAAGCAGUAAUUAUACUGAAGGUGCUGCAGUUGCAUUAGAAUUACAGGAAUAUGAAAGAGAACGUGAUCAGUGCCCAAUGUAUUUUGAUGAUGGAAGUAAUCCAUGGAUUAUAACUGAGAAUUAUAUAAAAAUAUUUCAUUAUGGUAAUGGAAGUAUAAGGACUUCAGUUUCAUAUUUAUUUUUAUUUUUUAUAAUCAGCAUAUUUUACAUAUCUUUAAUAGAAACAUAAUAUAACAUAUUUUAUUAGGAUAAUAAGUUUCAUUUACAGAUAUUAUUGAUAAUAUU